AUGGCUGAAGCAGCAGAAUCACGAAAGCGAACUCAAAUCGCAGCUGACGACUGGCAAGGGGUGCAACCUACCCACAGCAUUUCCUCUACUAAUGAUUAUUCAACCGUUCGGGAAGAAGGGCUCAGCACCGCUGUUCGUAUAAGGAAGGAUGGACGACUGGAUGUUAAUUUUCAAGAACCACGACCCUGGCUCACAACAUUGAUGAAACAUGUCGAACGACUCCCAGAGCCUGUAACCGAGGAAAGCGAACCGUUGACUGAUGUUUCAGAAGAACAGAAGAAAUUUCCUCUGAAUUUAAAUAUUGUGAUUCAGGUCGUUGGAUCGCGCGGGGAUAUCCAGCCAUUCAUCGCACUUGGUAAGGAACUUCAGCAACAUGGACAUCGAGUCCGACUAGCCACACACCUGGCUUUCCGCAACGAUAUCAAUGAUGAAGGACUGGAGUUUUUCAACAUUGGAGGAAAUCCAGAAGAGUUGAUGGCUUUCAUGGUUCAGAAUCCUGGAUUGAUGCCAGGUAUGCGAUCAAUCCGUAGCGGUGCAAUCCAGAAACGCCGGCGGGAAAUGAAAGAAAUUUUCUCAGGCUGCUGGCGCUCCUGUGUCGAAACCGGGGACGGAACAGGCCUACAUCAGAUCGCUCACGACCCGCACAGCAAUGCGGUGGAUGAUUGCACGCGGCCUUUCGUCGCCGAUGCUAUCAUCGCGAACCCUCCGGGCUUUGUGCACUUGAGUUGUGCUGAAAAGCUAGCGGUUCCUCUGAAUAUGAUGUUUACGAUGCCAUGGUCUCCGACACAAUCCUUUCCACACCCCUUGGCAAAUGUCCGAUCACAGAGUACUAAGCCAUCUGUCGCCAAUUUCGCUUCCUAUGGAAUUGUCGAAGUCAUGAUGUGGGAAGGGCUUGGAGACCUCAUCAAUCGCUUUCGCAAAAAGGAUCUGGGCAUAGAUCCAUUGGAUGCCACUCGGGCGCCCAGUAUGGUCCAUCGAUUACGGGUCCCCUUUACCUAUCUUUGGUCACCCUCUCUUCUUCCGAAGCCUCAUGACUGGUCCGAUAAUAUCGAUGUUUGCGGGUUCCAGUUUCUUUCCGCGACGUCAGACUAUCGCCCACCCGAAGAUCUUGAUGCCUUCCUUAAGGCAGGCGAGCCACCGAUCUACAUUGGCUUCGGUUCUAUCGUUGUCGAGAACCCCGACAAAUUGACAAAAUUGAUAUUGGAGGCUGCUAGCCGGACCGGGAAACGAACACUCAUCUCCAAAGGAUGGAGCAACCUCGGCUCUAAGGAACUUGAGAUUCCUGACAAUGUCUUUCUUUUGGGAAAGUGCCCCCACGACUGGCUUUUUCCGCGGGUUUCGUGCGUCAUUCACCAUGGUGGCGCCGGAACCACCGCUGCAGGACUACUUCUAGGCUGCCCAACAGUGAUUGUUCCAUUUUUCGGGGACCAACCAUUCUGGGGUUCGAUUGUUGCUCGGGCAGGCGCGGGUCCGCAGCCCAUUCCGUACAAAGAGCUGACAGCUGAGAAAUUAGCUGCUGCGAUCAAAGAAGCUCUCGAAGUGCAUACAAAAAAUCGUGCAAACGAAAUUGGAGAAAAGAUGCGCAAGGAAAAUGGCACAGUUGCUGCUACCCACAGUUUCCAUCAGCAUCUUAAUGUUGACUCGUUGCGAUGCGCAAUUUGCCCUGAUCGACCUGCAGUAUGGUGGCUUAGAUACGCACAUAUCAAACUGAGCGCCUUUGCAGCUUCUAUCUUGUUGAACACAGGACACGUUAAACCAAAGGAGUUGGUACUGUAUCGGGUCCAGGAGUAUGACACAACUCACGACCCCCGAGGUCCUGUGUCUGCUAGUGCAGCAGUCCUCUACGGUUUAAUGACUGAUCUUAUAGUCGGCAUUGCGAGUGUUCCAGGAGAAGUAUAUGGAAUAUUUACGGAAUCUCACUCCCAAAAGUUGCGCCACGAUUUCAGGGGAAGAGAGUGGGCAAUGCAACACUUUUCGACGCUCUUAGACAACAUGGAAAAGAAAAGAGAGAGUCAAUCUUUUGCUGAUACUGGUCAUUCUCAUAAUAAUCCUGAGAAACAUCAUGGCGAGGAUCAUCAUGAGAGCUCACAUGGCGCAGCUCCUGUGAGCGACGGUGCUUUAGCAGGUGAUAUGACACAACGAGUUGCUACCCGGCCUGUUAGAAAUGCUCCGAAUAUUGACGAGAGGUCUGAUAUAUCAGAGGCUCAGACAGGAAGCACUGAUGAAAAGCACGGUACUGCAAAGCAGGCUCUCUCUGACGCUUGGUUUCAAACUACUAAGUUUGCAAAACACGCAAUGAUCUACACCCUUAUACUUCCGACAGAUAUGACACUCAGCUUAUCAAAAGGCUUUCACAAUGUGCCCAAAAUGUAUGGUGACACUACUGUUGAACCGAUUCCCAGAUUCACGGGGAUCAAGACUGGAUUUCGGGCUGCCGGCACGGAAUUAUAUCAGGGAUUUUAUCACGGGGUGACUGGAUUAGCCCUGCAACCUACAAGGGGUUAUCAGCAGUCAAAGAGUAAAGGAUUGGCAACAGGGGUCGGGAAAGGAUUACUCGGAGCUUUCUUGAAACCUUUUGCAGGUAAGAUGGUUGUUGAAGCACUCGAGGCACAUACUGAGUUGUCAAUUGGCUUUAGGUCGGUUGGCUUAGCAAAGUCAAAAGAGAUCAUCCAAUCACGCAUCACACAAGGUGUCGAAGAAAUGUUUGCUGCAUCGGCCGAAGAGCAAAAUAUGGUGAUCCAUGAGUGGCAUGAGCUACAGAACAGUAUCCACAGCAGGAACAACCCCAAAUAG